AGCAUGUUUCCCCCCCUUGAGCAAAAGAUGCUGCAGAGCAACCCGGACUUUGCCAAGCUCUACCGGGUCAUCACCACGGCCAUCCUGAACCCGGAUGGCUCGACCAAAGAAGAUGCCGAGGCCAAGGAUCGAGCCGCGGUGCAAAAGGGCCUGGACAAGCAUCGUCACAAAGCAACAAGGCACUACCUCCUAGAGCGCGCCAUCGCAACCGCCACGCCUCCCGAGCCGAAGCCCUCAUCAUCGUCAUCAUCAUCAUCAACAACAACACCAUCCACGAGGCUCUCCCGAGCCAGCGAGCGUCUGCAGCAGCGACAAGCGCAGUCCUCGGCCGAAGCCACGCCAGAAGCCCUCCUCGAGCUCCUCCUCGUCCUGCCCUCGUUCCUCGAUGCCGUGGACACGCUGGCCCCGGACUCCCUCGCCCUCCUGCUGUCCAGCCCGCCGCUCUCCGACUUUGAGGCUCUCCUGCCGGACCUCGCCGACCUGAUUGCGUGCAGCCUGCACGCCUCCGCCCUCGGCCUCGCCCGCAUCGUCCACCCCACCAUGAACCCGUCCUACCUCCACCGCCACGUCGCCUCCCUGCCCAAGGACCUCGCCGCCCUCAACGCGAGCCUGGCCGCCGCCGAGGAGACGCUCAAGGCGGCCCGCAUCCGCACCGUCUCGUCCCUCACAAGGCUGCUCCAGAUCCUGUCCGAGUGCCUCACGUGCCUCGUGCGCACCCUCGAGGCCAAGCACGGCGUCAUCGCCCGCAGCCUGGAGCUCCGCGCGUCCGACGUCUCCCUCGAGGCCCAGCGCGCCGAGAAGCUCGCCGAGCAGGCGCUGUGGAAGCUCAGGCGGGACGUGUACUCGCCCGAGAGCGCGGCCGCGCUGCAGCGCUACGGGGCUCAUCUGAAGGAUGCCAAUGCGCGGAUUGCGGAGAGGGCGCGGAGGUUGCAGGCUGAGCUUGAUGCUCGUGAUGGGCAUUCUCGGGGUGACUUGCAUCAUCAUCAUCAUGAUGAUGGUGAUGAUGAUGAUGAGGGGAGAGUUUCAUCGAGACAGGCUGCCGUGGGAUAUUUCGACAACGGAAAGCAUGUGGACGAUGCCCAAAGGGACAUGGACCGAUUA